CAGAGGGCGAUCACAUCGAAAAUUUCCAAAAUGGCGGGCGGAGACGUGGUUUUAUCACAGGGACAGCCGCAACUAAAAAAACAAGAUCUGAGCAAAUUAAAAGUAGGUGAAUUAUCUCCUCUUACACCAGAAGUUAUAAGUCGACAAGCAACAAUUAAUAUUGGUACAAUUGGUCAUGUAGCUCAUGGAAAAUCUACAGUUGUAAAGGCUAUAUCUGGUGUACAGACUGUUCGAUUUAAAAAUGAAUUAGAAAGAAAUAUCACUAUCAAAUUGGGAUAUGCUAAUGCAAAGAUUUACAGAUGUGAUAACGAAGCUUGCCCAAGACCUGCUUGUUAUCGAUCUUUUGGCAGUAGUAAAGAAGAUGACUUUGCAUGUGAUAGACAAAAUUGCAGUGGUCGCUUUAGACUUCUAAGGUAUUACUAUUUUUUAGCUGGAAAUGAAUCUUGUCCACAACCUCAAACCUCAGAGCAUUUAGCAGCAAUAGAAAUUAUGAAAUUGAAACAUAUUUUAAUUUUACAAAAUAAAAUUGAUCUUGUAAAGGAAUCACAAGCAAAAGAACAAUAUCAACAAAUAUUAAAAUUUGUUCAAGGAACUGUUGCUGAAGGAGCACCAGUAAUACCAAUAUCUGCUCAAUUAAAGUAUAAUAUUGAGGUUAUAUGUGAAUAUAUUGUUAAAAAGAUUCCUGUUCCAAUAAGAGAUUUUACAUCAGAACCAAGAUUAAUAGUAAUUCGUUCAUUUGAUGUGAAUAAACCUGGGUGUGAAGUUAAAGAUUUAAAAGGUGGUGUUGCAGGUGGAAGUAUUUUAAGAGGUGUCUUAAAGGUAU